CUUCACUCAGUCACCGCAGCCCAGCCAUCACACCACCACAACCUCCACACAAGGCCUUCGAAAUUCUUCAAUCACUCCAACAAACAACCUACAAAACAUCCUCUGGCUACUUUAGGCACAUCUCCCUUCUCUAUUUCCUCUCCCAAACACAUACCCACCCACAGCCGGCAAGAUGAGUGCGAUUCAGGACACCGAGGCCAACGAGCCCAUCCAGGUCCUCUUCACCAUGCACGAUGGCAUGGACCUACUCGACUUUGCGGGCCCGCUUGAAGUUCUCACUCACGCACAAUACAACGCCAGCGACCCAGAAACCAAAGCCUUCGAUGUCACCUUCGCCGCCGCGCAGGAACACGUCCUGACCGCCCAAGGCGUCACCUUGACUGCCCACAUCUCCUUCAAGGAAGCGCACAAGCGCCUCCGGGAGUUCGACGUCCUCGUCGUCCCCGGCGGCAAGGAGAAAUGCAUGCAGGUGCUCAAGGACAAGGCCGAGCCUACCCAGAUCAUCAAGGCCUUCGCCGAAGCCCAGACCGCCGACCCGGCGAGGGAGCGGACCGUGCUGGCCGUGGACACGGCGGCGCUCUUCUUGGCCAGCCAGGGACUCCUGCAGGGGCUCGCGGGCACCACACACCCGGACUUCUACAUCAAGCUGGAGAAGGAGUGCCAGGACGCCGCGGCGCGCGAGAUGGGCGAGCGCACCGACGUCAUGGAGGAGCGCUACGUGGUCAACAACGCGCGCUUCGACCUGGGCGAGAACCUGGACGAGAACCCCUACGUGUUCAAGAAGAACCGCAAGGGCAGCACCGCGCGCAAGGGCUCCCUGGCCCGGCGCGAGAGCAACCUGAAACACGAGAACCUGGUGCGCCGCCAGAGCAUGAAGCUGGGCGGCAUGCGUGUCAUCACCAGCGGCGGCACGGUCAGCGGCAUCGACGCGAGCCUGUACCUCGUCAGUGCCCUGGUGAGCCACGAGACUGCCCAGGAGGUCGCCAGGGUCAUGGGAUACGACUGGGUCAAGGGCGUCGUCGUGGACGCUAUCGAUGUCUAGAUGUUUCCUAGACGGGACAUAGACUGUUGACUAGAAGGAUUAAACGAAUGCGGUCUCUACGGAUGCGUGAGGUUGCACUGACUCAAGAUGUGGGUGGGCGGACCUUGAGAGAACCAUAGCAGCCUAUGGAUCAAAGAAGGCCAAGGGCAAGAAUGUAACGAUGAAAAAGAGUAAAUGUACUGAUGCUAGGACGGGAAAUCAAUCUUUUCGACACAAUGGGAUUUGCUGUAUGGCACGACAGACCCCUGACUUUCCUCCCAGAUUGAAUACGGGGCUGGAGAAAGAAACCCCAACACAACAUGGAUCCUUCUCGACCACUCCACUCAUCCAAACUAUUGCCUUGCCUGUCUCUGCAGACUUCAAUGAAGGAAGAAGAAUACUGUUUCGUCAUCUCAAAUCCAGCGAGCCUGGUAUCUCUGCUCAACCGCCCAAAUAUACUUCAUGGCGAACUCAAGGUUGGUCGCCGCUAUCUACAAUCACACAGCCUGGCACUCCUUUCUCUUUCAUCUCAUUGAUCUCGUUAACACAUGUCAAUUCUG